CACCAAUUAAGUCAAUUCUCUAUACAAGCACAUGCGCUCGUUCUUUAAUUUCCCACUCAUAUGCUGUUUUUUAGCUUAGAUCACCGUUUCAACGGUUCAUAUUAGGGUUGGUUUAUACAAGUGAAGAAGGCUUUGAAUCUUCUUCACUCCUGUUAAAUAACUACUCUUAUGUAUUCUCUUCCAAAUGGGUCAAGUUCAGAGCGAUAUCUCGAGUGAAGAAGACCGACUCAACCAAACAAAGAACGUUCAAACCCAAGAAAACCAGCCCUCCUCCAUGGAGGCUUUAAUUGCAGAGGCCACUGCUUUCGGUGAUGAUGAGAAUGAGUCCCUGGAGGUGAGGGCACAAAAAGCCCUAGAUUGUCCUUGCAUAGCUGAUCUGCGAAGUGGCCCUUGCGGGUUGCAGUUUACCUAUGCAUUUCUUUGUUUCAUGAAGAGCACUGCAGAAGAAAAGGGUUCGAACUGUGUGCACCCAUUUAUAGCCUUGCAGAACUGCAUCUCAUUGAAUCCUGAUGCAUUUUCCAAAUAUGAUUUGGAAUCUGAUGUUGAAGAAGAAAAGGAUGAUGAUAAACAAGAAUACAAGAUCAAGGCCCCCUUACAUACUAAACCGCCUAAGGCUCCAAAGCCCUCCUUAUAAAGUUCCAAAAUCAUGGAUUGGAGGCAAAAUUCAAUUUGCUGUGAUUCAAGAUGCUCCAAAGUCCCAAGUCCGAGAAUCAAGAGGGACACAUCAGUCAGGCUACUCGGAAAGUACUUUUCCUUGGAUGAAUAUUCUAAUUCUCAACCUGAUUCUUUUCCAUAUGAAAUUUUAGCCAAGUUUGUACUUUUUUGUUCUGUAUACUUUAGCAAAAUCUAUGUGAAAACUAAAGGCCAAAUAUCUCC